GUGAAGCCUGAAGAAUUAAGUAUUUUUUAAAGUUUUAUCAAACUUGAUGCUUGGUUAAAAGUGAAAGUAUAAACAACAAACGUGACGUUUCCUUCAAUUUUAUUCACAAAUUUUAAAUAAAAAUUGUGUUUUUUAUAAACAAUAAUGAAUCUAAGACAACAAUUAAUAACGAUAUUUUUUCUCUUCAAUGGAUGUAUUGCAAUUGAAUUUGGAGAAUACUUUAAAAAUUGUUAUCUUAAUUCCCCUGAAUUUGAUUCAUGCAUUGUUGAAAGUUUAAAUGCUAUACGACCUUAUUUUAAAACUGGAUUGCCUAAGUACAAUGUGGCGCCGUUUGAUCCAUUUUAUGCAAAGGAGGUAUCCGUUCGAAGAGGUUUGCCAAAUGCUGGAUUUAAAUUAACAUUGAAAAAUAUAACUGAAAGCGGAUGGACAGCUAGCAAAGUGACAAAAUUCUACAGUGAUUUGGGCAACUAUAAGAUAACAUACACUCAAAAAUUUCCUAAAAAGAAAUUAGUUGGAGGUUACGAUUUUUCUGGGAGUUUCCUUGGAUCAACAAUAAACAAUAAGGGAAAGUUUACCCUAACUUUGUACGAUCUUGUACAAACAACAACAAUAACUAGUGUCCCAAAAAAAGCAAUGGAUGUAAAGGUUAAUGUGCAGUCAAUAAAGGAUCUAGAAUUGCAUAUAUCAAAUUUGCUACAAGGAAGAAAUUUUUUGGAGGAAGUUUUAGAUAGAAUUAUAAAUGGUGCUUGGCAACCAGGAUUCGCUGUAAUAAGACCAUUAAUUAAUGAACUAGUUUCAACUGCAUUCACUGAAAUAUUCGGGAAAGCAUUCAAAAACUUUCCAUUUCAAGAAAUUAUUAAAUCCAAACCAUUUUUUAAGCUUAAUAGUACUAAAGUGUAAUUAUAAUUCAUUGAAAUUAUAAUGAAACUUGAAAUAUCAAAAUGUAUAUACAUAUAUAUAAUAAUAUGUAAUUAACUAUAUUACUAUUUGAAAGUGGAAAUAUAUUUUUAUAAAGAAAUUUA